AUGGCAACAAUGAAGUUCGACGUGCGCGACUUGGAGGAGGCGAAAUACUUCCUCAGCAUGGAGCUGACGCGCGAUAGGGAGGCGCGCACCCUGAAGCUAACCCAGAAGAAGCUGACGGGGGAGCUUGUCGGACUGUACGAACUAGCGAGCGCCCGGGCACGCUCGGUCCCUCUCGGAAAUGGGGACAAAUUAACCAAAAAAGGUGAACCCCUCGACACAAAACGGUUUCCCUACAUUGGCGCGCUUGCGCGCUAUAUGGCGGGGCCGACGGAGGAGCACUGGCGGGCGGCGCUUGGAGUUGUGCGCUACCUAGCGGGUACGGCAGAGGACGGGGUAACCUUUGGGGGGAGCGGAGAGACUCUCAUCGCUUAUUGCGACGCGGAUUAUGCGACUGUCAAGGACACAAAGCGGUCCACAACCGGGUACGUCUUCCUGAUGUACAGGGGGCCGCGGUCGAAGCACAUUGACGUGAUUCAUCACUUUGUACGAGAGCGUGUGGCACGCAAGGUGGUCGCGUUCGCGUACUGCGGGACGGAGGACAUGAAGGCGGACAUCAUGACCAAGGCGCUGGCACUGGGGAAGUUCAAGAGGUGCAAGAGCGAGAUAGGAAUUGCAUAA